GCCCCCGACCAGCUAAUCAUCGGCGCCUCCGCGCGCGCCCGGAUCGCAAUUCGCCCGCGGCAAUCAAAUCCUUCCAAAAGGCAGCCACGCCCUUUUGGCAGCGGGCUCAUUAAUCGCCCGUUUCCGUCAUUGAUUAGUAGCAGCGGGCCCGUCUCGUCGUUCUCCUUCAUGCUCCUCCACCCCGCCGCCCGCCUCCGCCGCGCGCCGUAGCAGCGGGACGCGACCCGACGCUGCGAGAGCGGCCGUCCGGUGGCGGGGGGAUUAGUGUUUUUCGGCGCGGCGAUGCGGAGGGCGGCGGGGGCGUGGGGCGGCGGGUCGUUCCGCCGCCGCGUGAUGGACGGCCUGGCGGCGGUGCUGCUCCUCUACGCGCUCGUCGUGCUCGCCCUCGAGUCCCCGCUCGUGUCCACCUCGCUCGCGGGCGGCGCCGGGGGCGCCAUGGCGCGGAAGCUCUACCUCUCCUCGGGCGCCGCGACGACGCGGUCGGCCCCCGCGCGCCCCAACAAAGAGCCCCGCCCCGCGGCCGCCAACGUCACGGGCCCGUCGGCGCGCGGGCGGGAGCGGGAGCUGGAUCGGCUCUCCCGCUUCGCCACGGGGCUCGACCUCCGCCUCCUCGACACCGCCCGCUCCGGCGCGCUCCGCGGGCAGAUAGCCGACGCGGUCGCGGCGGGCGCGCGCGUGUUCGCCGAGCUCGAGGGCCUCGACACCGACGCGCCCUCCGGCGAGGGGGAGGCGGCCCCCGCCAGGUGCCCGCAGUCGAUCGCGCUCUCCGCGGAGGAGCUCCGCGCGCGGGGCCGCGUGGUGGAGCUCCCCUGCGGGCUCGCGCUGGGGUCGCACGUCACGGUGGCCGCGACGCCCCGGGCGCCGCACGAGGAGCGGGACCCCGCGAUCGCGGUCCUCAGGGACGGGGAGGCGCCCGCCAUGGUGUCGCAGUUUAUGGUCGAGCUGCAGGGGCUCAGAGCCGUCGACGGCGAGGACCCGCCCCGCGUGCUCCACUUCAACCCGCGCCUCCGCGGGGACUGGAGCGGCAGGCCCGUCAUCGAGCAGAACACGUGCUACCGCAUGAACUGGGGCGCCGCGCAGCGCUGCGAGGGAUGGAGGUCGCGCCCCGAUGAGGAGACUGUGGAUGGGCUGGUCAAGUGCGAGAAGUGGAUUCGGGACGACGACGAGCGGUCUGAAGAAUCAAAGGCAGCAUGGUGGCUGAAUCGGCUGAUCGGGCAGAAGAAGGAGGUCAAUUUCGACUGGCCAUAUCCUUUUGUGGAGGGCCGGUUAUUUGUUCUCACUCUCAGCGCUGGGUUGGAGGGUUACCAUGUGAGCGUCGAUGGGCGGCAUGUGACUUCGUUCCCUUACCGCACUGGGUUUGUGCUAGAGGACGCAACAGGCUUGUUCCUGAAUGGGGACCUCGAUGUGCAUUCAGUGUUUGCAGGGUCUUUGCCCACUACACACCCGAGCUUUGCACCACAGAAUUAUCUGGACUUUUCUACUGUUUGGCAGGCCCCUCCUCUGCCUGAUGAGCCAGCGGAGAUUUUCAUUGGCAUUAUGUCAUCUGCCAAUCAUUUUGCCGAGCGGAUGGGUGUUAGGAAGACAUGGAUGUCUUCUGUCGUCAAGUCACCAAACAUGGUGGCUCGUUUUUUUGUUGCACUGCAUGGCAGAAAGAAAGUGAAUGUGGAAUUGAAAAAGGAGGCAGAGUUUUUUGGGGACAUUGUUUUUGUACCAUUUCUGGACAACUAUGAUCUUGUUGUUAUGAAGACUCUUGCAAUAUGCGAGUAUGGGGUGAAUGUUGUGUCUGCUGAAUAUGUAAUGAAGUGCGACGAUGAUACUUUUGUGAGACUUGAUUCAGUAGUCGCUGAAAUUAAGAAGGUACCAAGUGGGAGAAGUCUCUACAUAGGGAGCAUGAAUAUCCAACACAAGCCAUUACGUCAUGGGAAAUGGGCUGUGACUUAUGAGGAGUGGCCAGAAGAGGUGUAUCCAGCAUAUGCAAAUGGCCCUGGAUAUGUUUUAUCAUCCGAUAUUGCACAUUUUAUCAUGUCAGAAUUCACGAAGCAAGGAUUAACGCUCUUUAAAAUGGAAGAUGUGAGCAUGGGUUUGUGGGUUCAGCAGUUCAACAGGACAAUACCUGUUGAAUACAUUCACAGUGCCAAAUUUUGUCCAUAUGGAUGCAUUGAUGACUACUAUACUGCACAUUACCAAUCACCAAGGCUGAUGUUAUGCAUGUGGGAAAAGUUAUUGGAAGGAAAACCAGGAUGUUGCAAUGUGAGAUGACAGUGAUGGCAUAUAGUUCCAAAAAAAGAGAUAACGAUAAUGGAAUGAGUAGCAUUUGACCCCAUCCUUAGUGGUCUCAUGUAAUCAACAAAGUAGAAGGUUAAAUUAAUGUUCUUCAUUACCUGUGAUUAAUUCAUACAUCUUGAUGGUAAUUUAUUCUCCUAGAGUCUGACAUGCUCAAAAGCUGACACUACUUAGUUACAACAGUGGACGAGGCAGCCCACCAGUCCUGUACUUUUUCGCCCCCCAUAGGUAGAAGUUCGCAGGUUCUCUAGAGAUUCCCGAGGACUUCAUUUGUAAAUAUGAAGAGUUGAAAGAGUUCAGUUAAGUUGUUUCCGUUUGCACUAGGGCUUUAAGACCUGAUAGUACUUGCAGCUAAACUUAUCAGGUAAUAGAGCAAUCCUUUAUA